AUGUCUAAACCUCAAUCAACUGGUCUGGCAGAUAAGAAGCAAGUUGCCCAGAGACGAGUUUCAUCGGACAUGGCGACUCCAAAGAGCACCGCCAUUGUUAAAGUGGGCAAGAUGCUACUUUGGGAUGGCCCACUACCUUCAGGCUCUCAGAUCGGAUCAUCUCUAGACGGGCACAGCCAAUCAAUCCCGGAAGAAACCAAUCUUUGGCGUAGGGUUAGCAGCACAUUACACGAGAAUGGUCUGUUUCGUCUCCUGGACGAUAUUGAUGCAAUGGUCAUCUGUGCGACACAAUUGUCGCAGUUGUCACGCUGUGCAGUCCAAAGAUUAGACGAGAGUGUGCUCAACAUGCGGUUUUGUAUUGCUGUUUACCCCCAAUACCGGGUGCAGCCGGCAGCAACCAGGAUAUCGCGUCCAAUGGUUCUCUGUCUUGAGACCAACGCGGCAUUCCAGGCAUGGUUCGUCCUCUUGCGAGCACUAACUGUGCCCGAAUUAUACGGACCGGAGCAAAUUCGAUCAGACAGUACACAAUCUCCUCCACAUAAGCUGGGUCAGAAGGGAUCCAGACUAUCAACCCGUGACAUGUUUCGUAUAGAACGGUCACUCACCGUCAAAAUUACAGAAGCGAAGUUUGUCAAUCGAUUUGCUCCCGCCCAAAAUUAUGAGCAGAACAAGUCGAAAGGUACAUCCUCGAAAGAAGACCGCGGUAAAGAAAGCGUAUAUGCAGAAAUCAUACUUGGAAAAGACUUACGUGCGCGGACGACCACGAAACAAAGUGUUUCAACUGCUUUCUGGGCAGAAGAGUUUGUCUUGGAGGAUAUUCCUCCCUCUUUGACAAAAUUGGUGUUGGCUGUUAAGAUCGCCAACCCUGCCGAAAAAGAGUGGACCAUGGUUACAGACGGACUUUACGAUAUAUCUGCUGACGCUGGUUACUUAUCGGGCCUUGGUGGUCUAGAAAUCUCGUCACAUGAUCCCAUAUUUGGGCGCGUUGAUCUACCAAUAGACGAAAUAGAGAACCAGGGUCCAGUCGACAAAUGGUGGCCUUUGAUGGACAACAACGAUCAGGGAGUCGGCCAGCUCUUAGUCCGUGUCGUGCUUCAUGAAUCGGUUAUCCUGCUAGAGGACGAAUACAAAGAACUCACGUCGAUGCUCCAUAUCUUCUCUAAUGGCCUGACAACGCAGAUUGCAGCUCUACUUGGGCCCGAUCUUCGACAGCUCUCCGACAUCCUUCUGGAUAUUUUUCAAGCAUCAGGCUCUGCACGUGACUGGAUUAGCAACUUGGUGGAAGAAGAAAUUGAUGGCAUAUACAAAGAAACACCGCCAAUGCGGAUGAGAUUCAGCGGCCGCAUCCAUUCCAACGACUCGUAUGAGUCUGCCGAACAGCGAGAGAUGCUGGUCAGGGAUCUCAGUCGCUCCGCGACCAUGGAAGCAAAUCUUCUCUUUCGUGGAAACUCUCUCGUUACCAAAGCUCUUGAUGCUCACAUGCGGCGGCUAGGUAAAUGCUACCUCGAAGAGAUCCUCGGGGAAAAACUGCGGAAGAUCGUGGAACGUGAUCCCGAUUGUGAGGUAGACCCCAACAGAGUUCGUACUCAAGAACAGUUGGACAAGAACUGGGCGAACCUUCUUUUUCUCACCAGCACAAUCUGGAAGUGUAUCCACGUGUCCGCUUCGCGUUGCCCGGUGGAGCUUCGCUUGAUAUUCCGACAUGUCAGGUCAUGUGCUGAAGAUAGAUAUGGUUCUUUCAUCCGAACGGUUAAGUAUACUAGCGUUUCAGGAUUUUUGUUUCUGCGCUUCUUUUGUCCAGCAAUCCUCAAUCCAAAACUCUUUGGACUCAUACAUGACCUUCCCCCGGACCGUACGAAAAGAACGUUCACAUUAAUUGCGAAAUCUCUCAACGUUCUUGCCAACACAGCCAAAUUUGGCACCAAAGAGCCAUGGAUGGAACCUAUGAACAAGUUUCUGGCAGCAUCGUCAAAUGAGUUCAAGGCAUUCGUGGAUGAUAUUUGCGCUGUGAGUUCGUCGCAAAUGACAUCGGCACAUCUCGAACCUCAAUUCGCAGCGCCCAAUCAGAUAAGGAGUCGACUACCUCCUCUGGCUCGAGAAGGCCUUCCAUGUCUACCAUUUCUCUUGGAUCAUGCCAAGCUGAUGGCUCAACUAAUCAACCUAUGGGUAGAUCGCGCUCCAGAAAAUGUGGAGAUGAUUGAAGAUGAGUCGAUUCGGAAAUUUCAUACGCUUUGCUUCAACCUAGCACAACGGAGUAGAAACUGUCUCAAGGAAGCCGAACAGGCAGAAAGACCAGACGAAACAUCAGAGCCUACCUGGCAAGGAGUCAUAAAUGAUCAACAGAAGAUUGGACGGAGCAAUCAGCUUGAAGACCAACUGAUGAGGGUGAGGAUGGAGAACGAAAUCACCGCUCUUCCUCAGACUGCAGACUCUCUUGCCGAGGUAGAGUACAAGAAUGCCGAGCUCUCUCCCAUUGUUGGAGAGGGCGACACCACGCCUUCGAGCUCCGCUUCGGUAGCCUGGGAUCGACGAAUACCUUUCCCUCAUCGCGGAACUGAAGCCCGUGCUUUAACCAACUCGACCAAUUCUUCUACCGUCUCCCUUGAAGUCAUUGAGGAGAUCAGACCGAGGCCACUACCAAGCAGCCGCGAUGGACCUUCCAAAAGCCGCUUAUUUGACCUGAUGAGCUCUUCUUCUCGUAGGAAAGGGAAGGGGGGAGAUGACAACUUUGAAUGA